AUGCCGUCCUAUACUCUCCACUAUUUCAACCAUCGUGGCCGCGCUGAGAUCUGCCGUAUGCUGUUUGCAGCUGCUGGUGUUCAGUAUAAUGACCGCAGAAUUGAAGGUUCAGUAUGGAAGGAUAUGCGAAGCAAGAUGCCUUGCUGUAUGAUGCCAAUACUUGAAGUCGACAGUAGAUACCAAAUCCCGCAGAGUAUGUCUAUUUCUCGUUACCUUGCUCGAGAAUUUGGUUUCCAUGGAAAGAAUAACAUGGAAAUGGCCAGAAUCGACUAUAUCUCAGACUGUUUCUACGAUAUCAUGGAUGACUACAUGAGAAUGUACCAAGACAAUAAUGGAAGAAUGAUGUUUCAGCGUUCAAACAACAUGAACAUGUCAUCUGAUAGGCGUAUGAGAUUUCAGGAAACCUGUCGCAGAAUACUUCCAUUCUUAGAGAGAACUUUGGAGAUGCAAAAUGGAGGUAGCAGAUUCUUCAUGGGUGAUAACAUGACCAUGGCUGAUAUGAUGUGCUACUGCGCCCUAGAAAACCCAAUGAUGGAAGACUCCUCUUUCCUGAACAGCUACCCCAAAAUACGGGCUCUUAGAGAACGCGUCAUGACACAUUCCAAAAUGUCCCACUACUUGAAGAAGAGAUGCCGUACCGAUUUCUAAUGGAACA